GGGUUUUGGCAUCCCAGGCAGUUAUCUGCCUACGUAAUGCUCAAAUCUCAACCAGGGCAACAUAGCAGAUAUAUAUAUAUCCAGGAAGUAUGGGAAGACUUCGUCGACUCAGAGAAUGUGCGCCAAAUUUAAUGCGAAGAAAUGACAAAAAAAAGUAAUUACUCACAUUAUGGCAGUAGUCUGGGGCGAGCGAUUAGUCGAGUCGCUCAUAUUCGGGGCGCAGUCUUGAUGGCCAGGAAUAAAGUUGUCUCUCGCAGCCAAAAAUCAAUGUCGAUCCUCGCUCAAGUAAUGUAAUAUCGUAGUUAGAGUUCGCGAUUCCAAUGUUGGAGUCAUCGAUCUGACACAUCCGUAUGAUAUACAAGGGGAAUGUCUUUCGCCAUCCUAGUUCCUUAGUUCUACCUAGACAUUGUCCAUCGUCAAGUCGACAAUCGUCACAAUGGGAAUGAGAGUACUCAUACUGACGGCUGUAAUUGCCCUUGCCGCUGCUAAAAACGAAACCGUUUAUGACUAUGUGAUAGCAGGCGCAGGUACAGCAGGUUUACUACUAGCCGUUGUGCUCACUGAGGAUCCCAACAUCAAAGUCUGUUUGCUUGAGGCGGGUUCCGAUGGAAGACAUGAAAGAAACAUCACGAACCCGGAAUUGCGUGGGACUAUCCAGCACACGAAAUAUGAUUGGCAAUUCUGGACUUUACCACAGACCGGUUUGAAUGGCAACGGCACUUUCGGAGCCCAGCCCGUUCCGAGAGGUAAAACAAUCGGUGGAACUUCCGCGAUGAACUGGAUGAUACAUAACACAGAUAGCCGAAUACAACUGGAUAUUUGGGAAAGCCUUCUCAACCUCACGGGUUGGAACUGGGAUUCGUUGUCCGCAGCUUAUCGACAAUCUGAAAAGAUGUAUGGGCCACCGAGCAACAUAUCCGAAUAUUUCACGUACGACCCAGCAUAUCAUGGUCAUGAUGGUUAUAUCCAGUCUAGUUUUCAGCGAAGUGUUCUCAACCUCUUCCAAUAUCUCAAUCCUACACUUCUUAAUGCAGGCUAUCGGGUUCCUCCGGAUCGCAACGGUGGUGAUGCUGUUGGUGGUGGAUUCCUGCCCUUGGCCAUAGAUCCAUCGAACUACACCAGGUCAUAUUCUGGAUCCGUAUAUACCGCAGUCCAAGGGAGAUCAAAUCUUCACCUCCGAACAAACAGCCAGGUAACUAAAAUCGAUUGGAAGAAAAAUACGCGCGACGACAAGGUUACGGCAGCAGGCCUUCGGUAUGUCGAUCUUGCCUCCGAGUCCAAUCGCCCCAAGCGUGUAAAAGGGCGGCAAAUUAUCAUAAGCGCCGGCUGCAUUCAAUCUUCUGGGAUAUUGGAGCUCUCAGGAAUCGGAGAUCCAGAAGUCUUGACGCCUUUAGGCAUCACGCCGAAAGUCAACCUUCCAAAUGUUGGGACAGGCCUUAGAGAUCCUCCAAUGAUGAAUUAUCUUCCCAUUUCUUUCGCUCUUAAUAUCACACUAGCAGGAGAUGAGUUCGACCAGAACUACAUCCAGCUAGAAAGUGCUCGCAAUAUGCUCAACGACGAAGAUUUCGCCGCGGCGUCGCGAUGGCUCAAUUCAACAAGCCGCAUUCCAGGGCUUCCAGAUGCACAACUUGAGGUUUUCAAAAAGCUCUGGUUCACAGAUCAACCCCUAAUUGAAAUGGCGUGGCAAUUCAAGACCGCCAACGUCACGCCUUACAACCUAGUGCCUCUCAGUCAAGGCACAGUUCAUAUUAAUAGCAGUGACCCUCUCGCGCCGCCUGCGAUUAAUCCUAACUAUAAUAGAGUAAUUGCCACGAUCAACGGCACGAAGGUCGAGUGGGACAUGUGGUUUCUCGCCAAAGCAGCUCAAUUUUGGGAAACGAAGAUAGCGACGACGCCACCUAUGAGAGACAUCAUCACAUCUGUCGACCCUCCACACGAUCUACCUUUCGAGGAGUACUAUGCCAUUGUCAAGCAGCGAACUGGUACCUCUGAGCACCUUACAGGAGGGAACCCGAUGCUGGCAAAGAAAGCUGGAGGCGUGGUGGAUACGAAUUUGUUGGUAUAUGGAACGAAUAAUGUUAGAGUGGUUGAUGGCUCAGUAUUCCCAUAUCAGCCAUCAGCACACCCUAUGGGAUUGACAUACGCUUUAGCCGUGAAAGCAGGUAAGUCGACUCCAGGUUUUAUUAUAUAAUUAGGAAGAUUCCCAGGGUGCUAAUACCCAGCAGCUCAGAUAUUUCGAGAACUACCUCACGAAAGUGGGGUCAAUUGAGAUUUCGAGACGAGAUGAUCGAAGGUAUCAAGCAAUCCAAUAACCUCGGCGGAUCGCUACCAAUAUAUGCAUACAUGUAAGGUGCAAACAUCUAAAGUCGUAAAUCUCGUAAUCUUCGUAUAUAGAUGUGGGUAAGGCAUGGGUGCCUCAAUGCGGGGAGCAGGAAAACUCGGGGUCUAGAUGUGAUGGU